CAGACCGGAAUGGCUGAUAGGGAAGGCAGAGUUGGGCUUGGUCGCAGAUGGUUCCUGUUGGGGAAGGACACGGGUGCAGCUGCCCGGCCUCCCCCCCACCCGCCGCAUUAUCGCUGCCCGGCAGCUGCUCGCCAUCCCCCUCGCCAUGGGACACGGUUCGGCUGCCACAUGAACGGCCCCCCGCGGCAGGACACCCCGCCGGCGCUCAGCAUCUCCCGCACCCGCGCGUGGGAGCGGGCUGGCCGUGCCGGGGCCUGCGAGGUUCGUGGCACCGGGGUGCUGACACCCCCCCACCGCCGGGAUGCCUGGGGGACCCCCCAAGCCGGACGGCCACCCCUCUUGGGCCAGGGCAGCGAGCAGGACAGGCCAAGAUAACGCGGAGACGCGGGCCGCCACCAUGCCCGACUCGCCGGCCGACGUGAAGACGCAGUCCAGGUCCACGCCGCCCAGCAUGCCUCCGCCACCGCCCGCCGUCACGCAGGGAGCCACCCGCCACCCCUCCUUCACGCCAAACACCAAUCGAGACGCUGGCCCUCCGACGUUUCUGCCUCGCGGCCGUUUUCAUGGUUGCUUGAAAUGGUCGAUGGUCUGUCUUUUGAUGAACGGGAGCAGCCACUCGCCGACCGCCAUCAAUGGGGCUCCCUCCACCCCCAACGGGUUCAGCAACGGGCCGGCCACCUCCUCCACCGCCUCCCUCUCCACCCACCAGCUCCCGCCGGCCUGCGGUGCCCGCCAGCUCUCCAAGCUCAAGCGCUUCCUCACCACGCUGCAGCAGUUCGGCAACGACAUCUCCCCCGAGAUCGGGGAGCGGGUGCGCACCCUCGUCCUGGGGCUCGUGAACUCCACGCUCACCAUCGAGGAGUUUCACGCCAAGCUUCAGGAGGCCACCAACUUCCCGCUACGACCCUUCGUCAUCCCCUUCCUCAAGGCCAACCUGCCGCUGCUGCAGCGGGAGCUGCUGCACUGCGCCCGCAUGGCCAAGCAGACCCCGGCCCAGUACCUGGCCCAGCACGAGCAGCUGCUGCUGGACGCCAACGCUUCCUCCCCCAUCGACUCCUCCGAGCUGCUCCUGGAGGUGGGCGAGAGCGGCAAGAGGAGGACGCCAGACAGGACCAAAGAGAACGGUUUGGACCGAGACCCUCUGCACCCCGAGCACCUCAGCAAGCGGCCGUGCACCAUGAGCCCGGCUCAGCGUUACAGCCCCAGCAACGGGCUGAGCCACCCACCCAACGGGCUGGGGCACCCCCCCGCCGCCCCCCCCCUGCCCCAGCACUAUCGCCUGGAGGACAUGGCCAUGGCGCAUCACUAUCGCGACGCCUAUCGGCACCCCGACCCCCGGGAGCUCCGCGAGCGCCAGCGGCCCGCCGCGGUGCACGGGACGCGGCAGGAGGAGGUGAUUGACCACCGGCUCACCGACCGGGAGUGGGCGGAGGAGUGGAAACACCUCAACAACCUGCUGAACUGCAUCAUGGACAUGGUGGAGAAGACGCGCCGGUCGCUGACGGUGCUGCGGCGGUGCCAGGAGGCAGACCGCGAGGAGCUCAACCACUGGAUCCGGCGCUACAGCGAUGCCGAGGACAUGAAAAAAGGCAGCCCCCCCUCCGCCCGCCCCCACAACAGCUCCUCCGCCUCCGAGGCACCCCAGUUAGACGCUCACCGGGAGUUCGCGCCGCGGCCCCUCUCCGGGUACAUGCCGGAGGAGAUCUGGAGGAAAGCUGAAGAAGCUGUGAACGAGGUGAAGCGUCAGGCCAUGUCCGAGCUGCAGAAGGCCGUGUCGGACGCCGAGCGGAAAGCCCACGAGCUGAUCACGACGGAGCGAGCCAAGAUGGAGCGAGCCCUGGCCGAGGCCAAGCGCCAGGCUUCCGAGGACGCCCUGACCGUCAUCAAUCAGCAGGAGGACUCGAGCGAGAGCUGCUGGAACUGCGGGCGCAAAGCGAGCGAGACCUGCAGCGGCUGCAACACCGCCCGCUACUGCGGCUCCUUCUGCCAGCACAAGGAUUGGGAGAAGCACCACCACGUCUGCGGGCAGACUCUGCAAGGGCUGCCGGCCCCCGCCGCCCCCGCCGCCGGCAUGGGGCUACCGCCGGCUCCUGGCCAGCCCGACGGCGUGGCCACCGUGGCCAGUAGCCCCAGCGAAACGGGCUCGGCGGCCGCUUCCCGCGCCGGCACGCCGGCCACCCCGGCUCCGCUGGAGAGCGCGUCCCGCUGAGCCGCUGCUACCGCCGCUCUCCAAAAGACACGGACUGCACUCGAUGCAAUUUCCUCAGCUACCUGACUCGUGUGACCUCCGAAACGACCUCUCUAGCUCUCACAAAUAAUCCUCACGGAUCCUCAAACUGGGCUUUAAGUGGAGUUAAGGCAAAUACCGGUCUUCUCUGUUCUCUCUUCGGUCUUUGUUUCAGCUUUUUUUUUUGGUUGGUUUUCAGUCGGUUGGGGGAUUGUGGUUCGGGGAAUUUUUGUUUGUUGGUUGGGGUUUUUUUUUUGUUUUGUUUUUUCUUUUUGUUUUUUUUUUUUUUUUCUUUUUUUCUUUCCAGACAAGGGAUUUGGCUGCAACCUCACCACGUAGUGACGUGGGGAGAGGCCAGCCCAGCCCCAGCCCACAUCGGCGCUGCCAAGGGGCUGGCUUGGCAGGAGGAAAGAAACUUCUUUUCUUCAUCUUUCUCUUCCUUUUUUUUUUUUUUUUUUUUUGUAAAAAAAAAAAAAAUAAAGAAAAUAAAAAAGAAAACGUCGGACUCUUUGGCUUUAAGUAAGAAAUUGUAAAAAAGGAAAAAAAAAAAAAAAGAACAGAAAAAAAAAAAAAAAAAGAAAAAUCCAAAAACCAGAUGACACCAAGUCAAGCCGCGUGACGGACGCUCACCUGUAACUACCUUGCUAGCUAGCCAAGAACAGACCAGACUCACCUCUGCUCCAAAGGAAAUCCAAAACCAAGGAAGAUCCAAACGUCUCUCCACUGCCAAAGUUCGUUUCAUUCUGUUGUCGCUUCCUUCCUCUCCCCACAAGGAUGGACGGACGCGCCCCCGGGGCUUUAAAGAGUUUCUAUUAAAAUAAAGCAAAAAAAAAAAAAAAAUUUUUUUUUUUUAAAAAAAAAAAAAAAAAGCGAGCCCCCGAGGUGAGGGAGGGGGAGAUGGUGGCUGAGAACUGCCCAGGUGGGCGCAGCCGGAGCCGGCACAUCUCUACCUCUGCCCGCAGCCGCCACCCUGGAAAAAGAGAAUAAAAAAAAGAGAUUAAAAGACAGAUUUUGGGUUUCUCCCUUCCUGAAGCCGUCGGGGGCUGCCUGCAGCCGGACCCCCCCAGCCCCUUGCUGCCAGGCUGCUCCCACAACCCAUGUCGGAUUUAUUUUGCAAGGAUUUUUAAGAGGAAAAAGGAAAGGAAAGCAAACGCCACCUCCUUCCUGGCCGAGGAGGCAGCCAAGGAUGAUGUUGAUUAUUUUGUAUUUCUCACAUCGUUGUACAAAGCGCAGAGGACGGGAGUGCAAUACGGAAAGUCCCCCGGCUCCGAGAGGAGGGAAGCCCCGCGCGGGGCAGGAUGCUAAUGUGAAUGUAAAUAGUGUUUUGCAGAGGUCCAAAAAAAAAAAAAAAAUAAAAAAAAAAUUAAUAAUGAUAGUGAUAAUAAUAAGAGACAUUUGCCAAAUAAAAGAUGAUGAGAACCCGCUGGAGGCUGUGGAGUGGGGGGAGCGAGGCUGCCCGAAGGCGAACAGAAGUCGUGUGCUCGAUAGGAGCUGUAGUUUUUCCGCAUUUGCAAAAACCAUCCUAUGUGUUUUCUGUAGGGGAGGAAGAGGAGGGAAGGGCUCGGGGCCGGGUUUCUGUGCACCCCAAGACCUCAGUGCAUCCCCCCGGCGGGGUUUCUGUGCACCCUGCGGUCUCGGUGCACACCCCCCCCCACCCCCAGGGAGUUUCUGUGCACCCCAAGACCUUUGUGCAUCCCCCCGGGGAGUUUCUGUGCACCCUGAGGUCUCGGUGCAUGUCCCCGGGGGGAUUUCUGUGCACCCUGAGUCUGGGAGCUUUACCGGAUGGCCCUCGAGUGACCGUUCACUUUAUUUAUGGUGUGACAUAUGUAAUAUUGUCUAUUUUUCUUACGUUUCCUGAGAAGAGGUAAUAUAUAAGAGUAUUGCAGAUGCACCUGCUGCGGGGCCGCCUACUCUCCGGGGUGUCCGUCCCGUCCCUGCCCUUCCCACCACGUGUGUCCCCGCGUGUCCCCGUGUGUCCCUGGCCCUGCUCUGCGCUGGGGCUCUGCCUCUCUACCUCCACCUCGCCAGGAAACCACGGACGAGAGCAUUUCCACAGAGAUUGCUCUUGUUUCCACUCCCUUCUGUUUUGUUUUUUUUUUUUUUUUCUUUUUAAUAUAUAUAUUUUUUUUUAAAUAAUAAUAAAAAUACCCUACAGAACCUUGCAUUGAAACCAAAAGCCGAGGGAGGGAGGGGACGGGCGGUGCGGCGCUAGCAGACGUCCAAACCAGAACGACAGCUUUAAAGUGUAAUAUUUCCCAAAAAAAAAAAAAAAAUUAGUGAUGCGGGGAGGAUGGCAGCGGCGGUGCGGCCGUGGGGCCGGAGCGAUGAGGGCACGGGGGGGGCCGUGGCGGCCGGGAAGGCGCUGGCCGGAGCGGUGGGUGCUUUUGUGGGGUUUUGCCCCAAACCGGUGUUGGGGCGUGCCAGGGGAUGCCCCGUGCUGUGCCCGAGCCGUGUCCUUUGGUGGCUUGGUGGCAUCUGGGAGACGGCAGACGGAUGAGCCGCGCGGUGCUGGCACAGCCGGGACGAGGGGAUGGGGCCACGCUGGUGGCUGUGGGGCAGCUUGGGGACAUGGGGUGCCAGGCACAGCCCUCUGCCAGAACGGGUCCCCGUGGCCACCCACAGCUCCCCUUCUUGGGUUUCCCCCCUCUCCUCCCCGCUGUGACCGGGGGAUGGUGUUGGUGGCCUGGGGACAGCCUGCCUGAGGUCCAGGUCCCCGCGGGGAGGCAGAGCCCAGGGUGCUGGGUGCUGGGUGCUGGGUGCUGGGUGCUGGGUGCAGCACCAGGCUGGAGGAGGUGGCAGGAGAGACCUCCAGCACCGAGUGUGGCCCCAUCCCCGGCGGGCGAGGGUCUCUCCAGCUGCUUCCUCGCAUUCCCAACCCCAAAUCCCAGCUGAAACCAAAGUGCCACGUCCUGGCAAGGCUGGGCACCCCGGGGUGGGGGUCCCACCCCUGCCUGGGCUUUGCUCCAUCACUGCCAGAACCCCCAGCCACCCCACUCCUAGGCCUGCGGGGGUCCCCCCGCUGUCUCCUCGGGGUGCCCCGCUGUAUCGCGGUGGGUUUGAGAUCGGGGACAAGAUGCCACCUUGUCCCCAGGUCCCAGGCACUGUGCUGGGGUGUCCCCUCCACAGUAGCAGCCCCGGGGGCUCCUCUGAUGCCACCGAACGCCACGGCCCUGGGGAGGGAAGUGUUGUGCCUCCGUCCCCCCCCAACACCCACAGCUGUGUGGGCAGCACCCGGUUCCCCGGUCCCGUGCAAGCCCUGCCCGUGUCACCCUGCCAGCCCCGGGGACGGGGACGCCAGGGCACGGGGGGGUCCCUGGAGGGGCUGGAAACCAGAGCCCCCCACCAGGGCUGGGUGGGCACGGCAGCAGCCUGCCCUGCCCCACUGCGUGGGUUUUGGGGGCCAGCCCAGAGAGGUGACGUGGUAGGACUUUCCUUCGGCAUGCUGUCCCCCCCCCAGCCCUUUGCUGUUUCCUGCUUUCUCUAAGUGUACUGUAUGUUUUACCUGUGAAAGAUGUAAACUUUAUGAUUCAGGUUAUGUCUGUUCUUAACUCUGUAUCUGUGUAAUAAAGACAAUUUAAUAUCAA